UUAUCUUUCUCCCUUGUACAUAGUCUUUCAAACUUCGGUAGUGUUCAUAUCUCUUACCAAGAAAUAUAUCCUAUUCGUUCCGGAUCAGUUGAGAGUCGAACAACAAAGAGAUGGGUGAUCUGUUCUCGCUAGUUCUCACCAGUACGACCGAUAGCGUCGCAUUCACUACAACUACCUCUUCGUCUUCUUCAACCUCUUCAGCUUCUUCCGAUGGUUCUUCUAGCAACUCUGGCUUUUAUAAAAAUCUCUUUUACAUCCUUAUCGGUCUUCUUGGAGGCUUCGCCGCAGUCUCCGUCAUCUCUCUCUGGCGUGCUAGACGUAGACGUGCGGCAAUCCUGAAUGAAGCCCUCAGGUUAGGUGUCAUGAUUCCUGGUCUUCCAGGUUACGUACCCAUCAGAGACAGGGGAAAUCCACUUUGGCAGAGGACGGAUGGGAAGUAUAUGCCGGAAUGGUGGGAGGUGGAACCCGAGAAGAAGUUGGAUGAGAAGGAGAUUGAGAAGGGUAUGAUAGAAAUUGACACGUCGUUUGGAUAUGAAAAAUUGAAUCCAGUAGCGCUCGUUCCUCCACAAGAAAGACCCGCUCCAGAACCUAUUCCAGUAUCCAAUCUUCGUUAUUUCCCCAACCACCUCGCAUAUCGUUCAGCUUCCCCUAUCACUCAGUCUCCAUCAGCCAUCAUAGAUGCUUCGAAUCUAGGCGCUCUGACCGGGAAAGAUGUGGAUAUGGUCUUCAUGUUACGCAUGCCGGUCGAGAGUGAUAGUCCGGACUCUCUUGCGGGAGUGGACAGCGUGACGAGGCAUUGGGAUGGGGUUCAACUAGGUAUUUCUAGAAUACGAGUGGAAUGAUAUUCUCUUCGGGUAUAGUCGGCAUGAUCUUAUAGACGUUGUAUUAGUAUGCAUACUUGUACCAAGG